AUGACGUCAUUGUGUUGUUCCAGCAGCCAGGAAUCAACUAUGAUGGCGACCCCCACAACCUUGAAUAUCGGCGAGCCGGCUGACGAACGAUCCGUUGACGGUAACACUGUCCCUGUUGUGGUCACUUCAGCCCACGACAACCAGAGCGGGGACCAUGAAUUUUCGUAUGGAGACACCGAACACUUGGGACCAGAAAUCUUCGACGAAGCAUUAUCACCGGAUAAGCCAGGAAUUUUGGACACGACGGAUUCUCGUUCGCCCCACAAUGGUUCUGUUGCAGAAUACGACGAAGAUGUAGAUGAAGACAGCGUUUUAUACACAGCAGAAAAGAAGAAGUCGUUUAUCUUGAAUAUAUUUUCAGAUUUUCUGAUAACACCAAAUGAUGUUUUCUUCAAAAUAUCGCCAGCCGUUGGAGCUGUCAGUUACGGCUAUUUUUCUCUUUCAGUUAUGGAUCCUAAGUGGUUCAGCAG